UCACGCUUGUCAUUGUCUUGGCAGCGCUCGAAUUGAGUUUUUGCAAGAGGAAGUGGAUGAUAUUCAUGGAACUAAAGAAAGAAAUCAUCAAAAAACAUGACAAAAGUGCACCGCUGGCCAACUUAGGUGAGGCAGUCGUCUGCGCCAGACUGCAGCAGAAUGACGCCAGCUGAGGACGUUAAAAAUUAUCUCCAAACAUUUAUCCAGGAAAAUAUGGAGAAGCUGCUGGAUGGACAUACCUCCAAGUUUCGUGCUGGUGUUUGGCUGCUUGCUGCUGUCCGUCUUCUCCACCAUCCAAGAACACCAGGAGGUCGCCAACCAAGGCCUCUUCAUCCUGGAGUUCGUGAUGAUCGUGGUUUUCGGGCUGGAAUACUUCAUCAGGAUCUGGGCGGCGGGAUGCUGUUGCCGAUACCGCGGCUGGCAGGGGCGGCUGAGGUUCGCCCGGAAGCCCUUCUGCAUCAUCGACUUCAUCGUGUUCGUGGCGUCGCUGGCGGUGAUCGCGGCGGGCACGCAGGGCAACAUCUUCGCCACCUCGGCCCUGCGCAGCAUGCGCUUCCUGCAGAUCCUGCGCAUGGUGCGCAUGGACCGGCGAGGAGGCACCUGGAAGCUGCUGGGCUCUGUGGUCUACGCUCACAGCAAGGAGCUGAUUACAGCGUGGUACAUCGGCUUCCUGGUGCUCAUCUUCGCCUCCUUCCUGGUCUAUGUGGCCGAGAAGGACAACACCGACUUCAGCAACUACGCAGACUCCCUCUGGUGGGGGAUUAUAACGCUGACCACCAUCGGUUACGGCGACAAGAUCCCUCGCACCUGGCAAGGUCGUCUUCUGGCCGCUGGCUUCGCUCUCUUGGGCGUCUCCUUCUUUGCGCUACCCGCAGGAAUUCUGGGAUCUGGCUUUGCCUUGAAGGUCCAGGAGCAGCACCGGCAGAAGCACUUUGAGAAGAGACGCAUGCCCGCCGCCAACCUCAUACAGGCGGCGUGGCGCCUCUACUCCACAGACGCCAAACACUCGUACCUGACAGCCACCUGGUACUUCUACGACAGCAUGCUGCCUUCCUUCAGAGAACUGACGCUACUGUUCAGUCACCUCCAGCGACAGCGUAACACCAACAAGAAGGUUCUGCACAACUCCUACCACACGCCGCUGUCAGGGCUGCGGCCCUACAGCGCCCCCUACCUGUCGGGGGACAGGAAGGCAGAAGCUCCGUGCAGCAGUAAAAUAGGCUUCCGGGAUCGCAUCAGGAUGAACAAUUCCCGAUCCGCCCAGGCCAUCCGCAGUAAGGCCUCGCCGCAGCCGCCCGCCUCCAACGUGGGGUGCUCCCCCAGCCAGGAGAACGUCCCCGACAACGCCAGCCCCGGGAAGGUGCAGAAGAGCUGGAGCUUUAACGACCGCACGCGCUUCCGCACCUCGCUGCGCCUCAAAGCGCGGCCGCCCGCCGAAGCGGACGGGCUGGGAGAGGACAGCGUGGAGGACAGAGGCUACUGUGAAGUGGCCAUGGAUGAAGUCAUUCCCGCCGUGAAGACGCUCAUCCGGGCCGUCAGGAUUUUGAAGUUCCUGGUGGCCAAGAGGAAGUUCAAGGAGACGCUGCGCCCUUACGACGUGAAGGACGUCAUCGAGCAGUACUCGGCGGGACACCUGGACAUGCUGGGACGCAUCAAGAGCUUGCAGAUGCGAGUGGACCAGAUCAUCGGGCGAGGGGCCGUUCAGCCCGACAAGAAAGUGCGGCCAGAAAAGGGCGAGAAAACGCCGCCAGAGCUGGACUCUCUGGACGAGCUCAGCAUGAUGGGACGUGUGGUUAAGGUGGAGAAACAGAUUCAGUCCAUUGAGAACAAGCUGGACCUCCUGCUCAGCUUCUACUCACAGUGCCUGAAGAAAGGCUCCUCCCACCUCACCUUGUCCACCCUGCUGGACCCGGACCUUACCUCAGACUACCACAGCCCCACGGACCAAAGAGACCUCUUCCCGUCCGCCAACACGCUCAACAACAUCUCCCAGUCGGAGAGCUGCAACUUGGAGUCGCAGUCGCUCCUCAUGUGACUGCUACAGCCAAGGGCCACUAGAGGACUCCACCGGACCACCUUUUGGUCCUGCAGAGGAGGAGGAAGACAGAAAAGGGGGACAAACUAUUUGACACAGACGUCAUUCUGGUCCCUCAGCGUGCAGAAGAAAGUCACAAUUCGGUGCGUGACCUCCUCCAAGGUGUUUUUUUUUUUUUUUCACACGAAUGGACAGACGUUGGCUGGAAAAAAUCUCCAUGUUUGCUCGGUGCACGCUGGAGCGCGCCUCCGUGUUUACGUGCUAGCGUCGUUACACUUGGAAAGAGGUAACGCUGAAAGAAGAAGAAGAAGAAGAAUGCAGCGUAUUGCAUGACUUAGAAGCAAUGAUCUGUGUGCCUUCUGCUAACAGACACCGCCAUCAUUUAGAUUUGAAUACUGUAAAUAUCUUCAUUUGAGCGUGUCAACAACACCCGGGAGAGUGGAUGAAGUGUCUCGUUCGAAGAGACACGCUGACCCACCCGCCGCUUUAUUAGGAACACCUGCACAAUCCGCGAUAAAAGCCAAAAUUAUUGGAGGUAUUUAUUUGACCGUGUUUAUGAUUAUUGUGCUGCAAUACUGUUAAUGAUCAUUUUAAAUAGUUCUAUUCCAAGUUAAAAAAG